UUCAGGAACAUGCUCCUGCCCCAAUUGCUGAAUAAUCCCCAAUUCACCAUGGCUGCCUCCCACCACCACCAGCCUCUCCUCCUCCACAAACCCAACAAAUCAAUUUCCAGAACCUUCUGCCUUCUAGCUGCCCUUAUCAGCUCUGCUCUUGUUGCUUCUUAUCUCUUCUCUCCCUCCUCCUUCGUCAUCUUCCACCUCUCUCACCCUCACCGUAUCUGCUACCAUGCCCUUCACAAACAAUCAUGCUUGUCCCAUCUCUCCGAAUUUCCCGAACUUUCCAUCUUUGCCUCAAAAGACCAAGAGUCCCACUUGCUCCAUUCCUUCUUAUUGAAAACCACCUCACAGAUACAAACAACCAUGGACUCAACCAAAGCCAUCAAAUACAGAAUCAACGAUCCAAAACAGCAACAAUCUCUGCUUGUCUGUGAGAAACUUCUGGACUUGUCCCUUGAUAGAGUUUGGGACUCGAUGGUCUCUCUCACGGAAAAGACCAUCAGAUCCUACCAAGAUGCCCACACAUGGCUAAGCAGUGUCCUCACUAACCACAUCACUUGCUUGGAUGAGUUAGAAGGGUCAGCUCGAUCUCUCAUAGAGUCUGAGCUCAAUGGCUUGGUCUCCAGAGCGAGAACCUCCCUAGCCAUGCUUGUUCAUGUUAUGCCCUCUAACAUCGAUGCUAUCGAAGAACCACUUAAUGGGGAGCUUCCCUCAUGGGUGACGAGCAAGGAUCGGAAGCUUCUGGAAACUUCUGCUAGUGAUAUAAAGGCUAACGUUGUGGUGGCUAAGGAUGGAAGUGGCAGGUUUAAAACAGUGAACGAGGCCGUGGCUUCAGCCCCAGAUAAGAGUAAGACGAGGUAUGUGAUACAUGUGAAGAAGGGAGUUUAUAAAGAGAAUGUUGAGAUUGGAUCCAAGAAGAAGAAUGUGAUGCUUGUGGGUGAUGGUAAGGAUGCCACUAUCAUCACCGGAAGCUUGAAUUUCAUCGACGGAACACCCACCUUCAGAACUGCCACCGUCGCCGCGGUUGGGGAUGGAUUCAUAGCGCAAGACAUAUGGUUCCAAAACACAGCAGGUCCUCAGAAGCACCAGGCGGUGGCUCUCCGCGUCGGCGCCGAUCUCUCCGUCAUCAACCGCUGCCGCGUCGACGCCUUCCAAGACACUCUCUACGCCCACUCCAACCGGCAAUUCUACCGUGACUCCAUUAUCAAAGGCACCGUCGACUUCAUCUUCGGCAAUGCCGCCGUCGUGUUCCAAAAAUGCUUCCUUGAGGCUCGGAAGCCAAUGGCUAAACAGAACAACAUGGUGACGGCUCAAGGACGCGAAGACCCGAACCAGAACACGGGGACUUCCAUCCAGCAGUGUAACCUGACACCGAGCUCCGAUCUCAAGCCCGUCGUGGGUUCAGUCAAAACCUAUUUGGGUCGUCCGUGGAAGGAGUACUCUCGAACUGUGGUGAUGCAAUCGUUCCUGAGUAGCCACAUCGACCCAACGGGAUGGGCUCCGUGGGACGACAAGCAAUCGACAUUGAAGAAUUUGUAUUAUGGAGAGUACAUGAACAAAGGACCCGGUGCUGGUACUGCGAAGAGAGUGAAAUGGCCUGGGUAUCACGUGAUUACAAGUGCUUCGGAGGCCAGCAAAUUCACAGUGGCUCAGCUCAUUCAAGGUGGCUCUUGGCUGAAGAACACUGGAGUCGACUUCAUUGAGGGACUCUAGAUCCUGGGCCUUGCUGUGAUAAUACUGAUGCGUGUUGGUUUACGUUCCGUGGCCAGGCCGAUCGAGACGAGCAAUGAAGCUAGAUUUAAAAAUCUCAGUUCGUACUGUGAUGUUAUGUUGGUGCCAUGUGACUCAUCUCGGGUCAGGCGUAUGAAAAUAAUGAUGUUGUGGUAAUCAUUAUUUUUGACAUAAAAUAGUGGUUACUUGUCCAAAUAA